ACCAUGUUUCAAAAGGCAAAAAUUCCUCAAAGCAAUCCACAAAAAGAGAGUUCUAAAAUUCUGGAGUACAAUCUUGUGCGUAAAGCGUUGAGGACGCUAUUUGGAAGAGGAGGGCUUGAAUUGCAAAUCAAUUUAUAGCAAAAAAGAUAAAUAAAAGAUUGAGAGGAAAUAAUUUCAAAUUAUACGGGCGUUCAAACUUUUCCAGAGAAUUUAAUUUCAGAAUCACUCAUUCUAAAGGUUAAACUUUCCAGAAAUAAAUUAAAUAUGCCCGACACACAAACUCUUGUCAAUGACUUUGUUAACAAACUCAAGAAACGCAAAAUCGAGGGGUCACAAGCCACAGCAAGGCACACUGCUGAAUUGCUUCGUUCAGUUAUAUCCCAGCAGAGAAUCCCCUACACAAACCAGGCUGGAGCUCUUAUUAAUGCUAUAAAGGCUGUUGGAGAGCAGCUUAUUGCUGCAAACCCUGUUGAGCUUGCUGUUGGUAAUAUUAUCAGGAGGGUGCUGCACAUUAUCAGGGAGGAGGACUUAUCUCUCACUACUGCGGCUAUAGGUGACCUGAACAUUUCAGUUGGAAGUGAUGAUGAUGAUGAAGAUGAUGACAAAGAUGAUCAUCCUGUCCUGUCAGCUGCCGCUGUAGCUGCUGCAGCAAGGAGCACUUUGCGCCCACCAUCAUUACAGACUCUUCUUGAGGAUGUACCUGAUGCUACUGCUGUUCCUCAUACUUCUUCAUCUGGGGGUGAUUCUGAAGGGAGAAGCAAAUCUGCUGAUAAGAACUCAAGGAGCCGAAAACUAAAACAUGAUGUUAUUGAAGCAGUUAAUGAACUUAUUCAGGAUAUUGCUACUUGCCAUGAACACAUUGCUGAGCAAGCGGUGGAGCACAUUCAUCAAAAUGAGGUGAUAUUGACUUUGGGCCGCUCAAGAACAGUGAUGGAAUUUCUCUGUGCAGCAAAGGAGAAAAAACGAUCGUUUCGGGUAUUUGUGGCAGAAGGCGCUCCAAGGUACCAAGGGCAUGUUCUUGCCAAAGAAUUAAUGGCUAGAGAUCUGCAGACCACUGUAAUCACUGACUCUGCUGUUUUUGCCAUGAUAUCUCGUGUGAAUAUGGUCAUUGUUGGAGCUCAUGCCAUCAUGGCUAAUGGUGGAGUGAUAGCCCCUGUUGGCUUGAAUAUGGUUGCUCUUGCUGCUCAAAGGCAUGCUGUCCCAUUUGUGGUAGUUGCUGGAAGUCACAAGUUAUGCCCCUUAUAUCCUCACAAUCCUGAGGUCUUACUCAACGAGCUGAAAUCUCCGUCUGAUUUGCUGGAUUUUGGAGAGUUCUCAGAUUGUUUAGAUAUUGGAUGUGGCACCGGUGAACCACUAUUGCAUGUUGUCAACCCUGCAUUUGAUUAUGUGCCACCAAAUCUCGUUAGCCUCUUUAUUACGGACACAGGAGGGCAUAAUCCAUCGUAUAUGUACAGGCUGAUUGCAGAUUACUACUCUGCUGACGAUUUGGUUAUAAAACGAAAGUCAACUGCUGGAAAUUAACCUUUGUCAGUUUGUCUGGUAUGUUGAGCACAUUUUUAUGUCCAUGUUUAUAUUUUGGAGAAAAAUAUAGCUUCACCCUGAUUCUGCUGCCAAUUUUAAACAUAUUGUAGUGUUGAUGUAAGUCCUUAAUAUAAUUAGUUCUACCUCUUAUCUGAUAAUCCGUUAAAAUAUUCAUAAUUCAAUUCGGUGUUCUGUUUCA